AUGGAGGAACAACCAACUCCUCAGCGAGAGGCAGUGUGGCAAACACGUUUAGUGCACAAAUAUAGUACAUCGUUCCCACCAACUGUAAGACAUCCACACAGUCGACACUUUUCUGGGGAGGAGGACAAAUAUAUUGGUAAACGUGCUGAUGAAUAUAGUUACAAAGCUCGCCGAAAAAACCAUCACACAGUCACAGUCACAGCCACAGUCACAGCCACAGUUACAGCCACAGCCACAGUCACAACCAUAGACACAGUCACAGUUACAUCCACAGCCACCACACAGUCAGAGUCGCAGCCACAGUCACAGCCACAGUCACAGCCACAGUUACAGCCACAGUCAGCCAUAGCCACAGCCACAGUUACAAACACAGCCACACAGCCACAACCACAGCCACAGUUUCCAACCACAGCCACAGCCACAGAUACAGCCACAGCCACAGUCACACCCCAUAGACACAGCCCAGUUACAACAAGAGCCAAAGCCACAACCACAGCCACAGUUUCCAACCACAGCCACAGCCACAGAUACAGCCACACAGUUUCCCAACCAGCCACAGCCACAGAUACAGCCACAGCUACAGUCACACCCAUAGACACAGCCCAGUUACAAACACAGCCACAGCCACAACCACAGCCACAGUUUCAAAUCCACACAGCCACAGCCACAGAUACAGCCACAGCCACAGAAACAACCAGAGACACAGCCACAGAUACAUCCACAGCCACAGCCACACCAGCCACAGACGCAGCCACAGCAAUAGACAAAGUCACAGUUACAGCCACAGUCACAGUUACAACCAUAGACACAGCCACAGACACAGUCACAGUCACAGCCACAGCCACAGUCACAGUCAUAGUUACAGCCAGACACAGCCACAGACACAGCCACAGCAAUAGAUACAGUCACAAAGCUACAGCCACAGUCACAGUCAUCACAGUGACAGUCACAGCUACAGUCACAGUCACAGACACAGCCACAGUCACAGCUACAACCAAAGUCACAGCCACAGUUACACAGUCACAGCCACAGCCAGAGCUACAGCCACAGUCAGCCACAGCCUCAGCCACAUUACAGCUGCUACAGCCACAGUCACAGCCACUGCCACAGUCACAGUUACAGCUCAGCCACAGCCACAACCACAGCCAGUUACAGCCACAGGUCACAGCCACAGUCACAACCAUAGACACAGCCACAGUUACAACCACAGACACAGCUACAGCCACAGCCACAUCAAUAGACACAGUCACAGUUACAGCCAAAGUCACAGUUACAACCAUAGACACAGCCACAGACAGAGUCACAGUCACAGCCACAUCCACAGACACAGCCACAGCAAUAGACAAAGUCACAGUUACAGCCACAGUCACAGUUAAAACCAUAGUCACAGCCACAGUCACAGCUACAGUUACAACCAUAGACACAGCCACAGCCACAGUCCCAGCCACAGCCACAGUUAUAACCAUAGACACAACCAUAGACACAGCCACAGCCACAGCCACAGUCACAGCUACAGUUACAGCCACAUCAAUAGACACAGUCACAGUUACAGCCAAAGUCACAGUUACAACCAUAGUCACAGCCACAGACAGAGUCACAGUCACAGCCACAGCCACAGACACAGCCACAGCAAUAGACAAAGUCACAGUUACAGCCACAACCACAGCCACACCACAGCCACAGCCACAGCUACAACCACAGCCACAGUUACAGCCACAGUUACAAACUAUAGACACAACCAUAGACACAGCCACAGCCACAGCCACAGCCACAACCAUAGACACAACCACAGCCACAGUCUCAGUCACAGCCACAGCCACAGCCACAGCCACAACCAUAGACACAACCACAGCCACAGUCUCAGUCACAGCAACAGCCACAGCCACAGCCACAGUUACAACAAUAGGACACAACCAUAGACACAGUUACGGGCUACAGCCACAGCCACACCACAGCCACAGCUACAGCUACAGCCACCGUCAAGAAGUUACAACCAUAGACACAACCAUAGAAACAGCCACAAAGGACAGCCACAGUCACAGCUACAGUUCCAACCAUAGACACACAGCCACAGCCACAGUCCCAGCCACAGCCACAGUUAUAACCAUAGACACAACCAUGGACACUGCCACAGCCACAGCCACAGUUAUAAACAUAGACACAACCAUGGACACAGCCACAGCCACAGCCAUUGUUACAGUCACGUUUCACAGUUACAACCAUAGACACAAAUCCAUCGACACUGUUUCACAGCCACAGUUACAAACCAUAGACACAAACUAUAGACACAACCAUAAACACAGCCACAGCCACGGCCACAGACACAGUCACACCACAGCCACAGUCACAGUCGCAGCCACAGACACAAGCACAGCCACACUUAAAACCAAAGACCAAGCCACAGCCACAGUCACAGCCAUAGACACAACCUUAGACACAGUCACAGUCACAGCCACAGCCACAGUCACAAUCAUAGACACAACCAUAGACACAGCCACAGCCACAGCCACACCACAGACACAAUCACAGUCACACUCACAUCCACGGUCACAGUUACAGCCUCAGAUACAACCACAUCCACAAACACAGCCACAGACAUAG